AUGUCUACUGCAAAAGAACGUCUCGUUCUUCUGGUCCCUUCUACCAUUGUCGAGACUCUCCUCAUCAUGUCCAUUGGUAUAACCAUGAACCGACCAGCGACUAUUUUUGCUUACGCAUUAUCGGUCAAUUUUGUCUUAAUGUUUAUAUGGAAUGUUUUCAUAUGGCCAUUCUUCCUAAACCCAUUGAGGCACUUGCCAACUGUACACGGUCCUCUGAUUGGUGCGAAGGUGUUUCUGCGCCAUCCUCGUGGCAAGAUUGCUGUCGAAUGGCUACGAACUAUACCUAACGAAGGCCUUAUUCACUUCCGCGAGGCCUUGAACUUUAGCUUUUUGGUCGCCACCAACCACCGAGCAUUGAUGGAUGUCUUGCAUACGAACAGUUAUGACUUCGUGAAGCCUCCAGGUGGUCGGGCUUUCCUUGCCCGUGGCUUGGGUUAUGGGCUCAUUCUCUCUGAAGGAGAUGUGCAUCGUGCGCAGCGCAAGGCCGUCACCCCAGCUUUCACAAUCAAGAAUAUCCGCAGCAUGUACCCCUUGAUGUGGAGCAAGACCCAAAUGUUUCUUUCUCAGUUGGAGAAGGCAAUCAGACUUGACCCUGCGCCUGGCGAAAAGUCAGGACAGGCUGGGUUUGUUGAAAUCGGUGGAUGGGCAAAUCGCUUGACUUUGGAUAUAAUUGGCCCUGCGGCCAUCGGACGAGACUUUCAGUCACUUGAGAACGAAAACGACCCUAUAUCGCAAAACUUUACAGCAAUUUUAAAGCCAUCUGUUGAUUUACUGUUCUUGUUUGCGGUGUCUAUCAUAUUGCCUCAGUGGCUUGUGAAAAGCAUCCCCUGCAAAGCAAAUAUUGUGCUUCCGCGCAAGGUAGGCUAUUUGCGAACGGUAUUUCACGACAUUCUUCAAGAAAAGAGAAAACAGCUUGCCUUGGAGAAAAACCAGGAUAAGAACAUCGAAGGUGACAUUUUGGGUACAAUGAUGCGAGGUGGAGAGUUCACCGAUAACGAACUGGUGGAUCAAAUGCUCACAAUUCUAGCAGCUGGGCAUGAGACGACGGCCGGUGCUCUCACUUGGUGCUGUUACCACCUCAGCAUCGAGCCGCACAUCCAAGACCAUCUCCGACAGGAAAUCCGCGAUACGAUUCCUUCUCCAGAUGCUUCCGUUUCAUGGCAAGAUCUUGAAGGAAUGCCCUAUCUCAACGGCGCCGUCAACCGCAGCUACGAAUUCUGGGGCGAGAACGCAGACCAGUUCCUUCCGGAGCGAUGGAUCGACACUGACUCCGAGACAGGAAAAAAGUCUCCGAACAAGCACGGUGGUGCGUCGACGAAUUUUGCUCAGAUUACGUUUCUCCAUGGGCCACGCGCGUGCAUCGGCAAGGAUUUUGCGAAGGCAGAAUUUCGAUGUGCGGUCGCGGGCCUUUUUGGGAAGUAUCAACUUCAAUUGAAAGAGCCCGAGCAGAAGAUUACAUAUGGGGGAACUCUGACGAGUCAGCCUAUUGAGGGUAUGCAUUUGAAGUUGACCAAAUUGGAAGGCUGGGAGUAG